AUGGGUCUCCAGCGCGUAAACGUCACCCUCGCCGUCAUGUCCAGAUGUCCAGAUGCCCUCGCUUGCGAAGCAGCCUUCGACAAAGUGCUCGACCGUGUCAAUGCCAAGACCCGCGUCACUAUGAGCUACAUUGGAAGCAUCGAUCAAGACAAAAAGAACAGCAAAUAUGGCGUCUCAUGCAUGCAUGGCGACCAGGAGUGCGCCGGCAACAUUCAGCAGCUUUGCGUUCAAGAUGCACUCGAUCCUGUUCGGGCCGGUGAAGACUUCGACCUCAGUCCAAGCGCCGCUCAGAAGAAGUGGUGGAACUUUCUCCAGUGUCAGAACUACGCAGGUCUCUCCAAGAUCGGCGAUGAGGGUCUCGCACAGAGAUGUCUGCGUGUCGUCGACGGACCCUCGUGGGACAAGGAUGGCAUCGCAAAGUGUGCACAUGGCAAGCAAGGCAAGAAACUCCUGCAACAUAGCGUCAAGGCCUCCAAGAAAGCCGACCUCGCCAAAUCUUGCACCAUCGUCUUCGAAAACGGCAAGAGGUGCAUCCGCGAUGGAGGCGCUUGGAAGGAUUGCGACCUCGGGCACCAGCCUGCCGACUUUGUCGCCGAGAUCGAGCGUAUCUGGUCUCAGAAAAACGAGGUCGCUAUCAACGAGCACGCACCCCGGUCGAGCAAGACUUUGCCGCUUUCGCCCACUCGACUCUCAAAGCGACAGACCUCCUCCUCCUCUCCCACCAACACCGACUCUGGCUUCAGCAACCCCUUUGCAGGCUCGAGCACUCCACCCAGCGUAUUCGGUUGUUUCCUUCGCCUCGUGCCGCUGCCAGGUCGCAAACGCGCCGUGCGCAACCUCAUCCUCGUUCGGAGUACGCCCAUCGCUCUCUUCGUCAUUGUCGUUUGCUUCGUUCUCCUGAGGAUCAUCAUGCGCAAUCGGCGCCUCCGUCGCCUCGGGUUGCUUCCGGACGGCCCCUUUGACCGUUUGCUCGGACCGACGAGGGAGAUUGAAGACACGCUCACACCUCCAAAGCUGCUCGAGGCUCGCAUCGCACACGAUUUCCGCCCGGCUGCUUACGAUGCCGAGGUGAAAGCAAAAGGCUGGGAUGCUGUCAUGCCCAUCUCGGCAGCCGUACCACCUGUUCUCUACUCGGAUCUCUUCCCAAAAUCUAAAACCUCCGGCACCGGUUCCUCCAGCGGUGCUGUUGCCGAUCCUGUCGGCACAAACGCAGGCGCCCAAGAUGACUUUUCCUACCCACCCUCAUCCUCACCCACCGGCGGUCUGACUCGUCGCCUGCACGUACCUUCUUUCUUGCGCCGUCAUGGUGACAGCAGCUCGCACGACGACGCCAAUGGCACCGCUCGCAAUGCAUUCACAGCCGAGGCAAGCUACAACGGAACCGACGCAGACGCCAAAAACGCCAAAGCAGAUACCAGCACCCCCGCCUCUGUUAACAUCACUGUGCUCAUCGCCAUGCCCUCUCAGCGCACCGUCUUUCCCUCGACCCAGUCGCAGUUUGAUCAGGCCGCGAUCAAGUCUCAGCGCUCGCUCAACUUCACUUCCACGGACAAAAUCGAUGAGGUUGAAGAGAGCGUUAGCGGGCACCAAGGUGGCUUGAGGCGGACAGCCAGUAUCAAAAGUUUCCGCACAGCAGCCUCUGCGAAGAGCAUUGGCGAUGCACGCAGAGAGGCGUUUUUCAACAAGAUGAAUGAGCAAGAGGGGAACACGGUCUCGCAAGACGUGCCUGCCACCAACUUGGACGAUGAAGACGAGGAAGAGCUGCCGGAGCUCGUCUUUGGAACCGCCAGCGUGCCGAUAUUUGCGCGCCUUGCCGGUGCUGGAGCUGCUGGAAGAGAGCCAUUUGCCGGCACAUUGGAAGCGUAUCAGCCGCUACGAUCAGAGCUGGUCCGACUCGUGACAAGUGCCCACGAAGCACGCGAACGCAAGGUGGCCAUGGAAGCCGCAGCAAAGCAGGCAGAGAAGGACGCAGCCAACGCCGACGACGGACAGACUACUAUCGACGAGAGAUCCACCACUAACAAUCAGGGACGAGUGGGUGCCACUGCCGACAGUGGUGUUGCAGCCUCGGCAGGACAUCGUGUCAGUGCCAGCGAGACGAUCGAUAGCGAGACAGCUGCCAUCAUUGGCUCUCCUGGCCUCGCCACUGUUCCUACAGCGGCGCAUCAGGAUGGUCUUGGCGACGUGGUCAGUCGCAUGAUGGCCGAGCCUAGCCAGCACGGCACUUCGACAUCUUCGCCCGUACCGGCGCCGGCGAUUGGAGGUCAUCUGGACCACCGUUUCUCGGAGGAUCCACGACCGAGUAUCGGGGUCAACUCGAAUCUCUCUCGUGACGAAACGUCGACGCCGGUGGCUGGUGAGGCACAUGCAGGUGCUUACAACACUUCGACGCUCACCUUGGACCCUUUACUUGGAGACAGUGCCGGCUCCUACACCGGAGCGCCAGCCCGCCACGCGCACGGUGCAGAGAGAACCGCUUGA